GCCUCAUCAACGAACGAGCGGUACGUUUAGGGAAGGCCCAGCGCACACGUUUCACUGCCAGCGACGCUCAAGUGGGCGGCUGGCACUUCACUCUCCACCAUGAAGCUGCUUGUCUUUGCUUUACUCCUUGUGCCCUUCAUUGCGCGAGUCCAUGGAGUGCAAACAUUCUGGCCCGCAGCGAUCCCGUACGCCGUUCGCACACCUUACUUGAACACAUGGAUAGGCACAGCCGGCUCUGACAGCUCAAAAGACUGGCCAGUAUUCUGGGAUGGAGCGGUUACUGGAUGGAUCCUUUACAUCCAAGUCGAUGGGAAGACGUACACCUUGUUCGGCAACAACAAUCUUCCAAGCAACUACUCUGUAACUGCCGGUAUCGUCGUCGAGACGGAGUUGACUCCGACCCAAACCAUACAAGUAAUCGAAGCGGGCCCUAUGAACGUGACACUGACAUUCCUGAGUCCUGUCAAUCCAUCCGACCUUGUACGCCAAUCCCUGCCGUUUUCCUACUUGGCCGUGAAUUUCACAUCCACCGAUGGCCAACCGCAUGACAUACAACUUUACUCUGACAUAAGUGGAGAAUGGUUGUCUGGCAACAGAGGCCAGGAGAUGACAUGGAGCCCUCCGACAAAUACUGGUGACAUCGUCUAUCACCAGCUGAGGCUCCAGACAUCUUCAGCCUUCCAAGAGAAUACUCAUCAGGCCGAGGAUGGUGUUGCGUACUUCGCGAUGGGGCUGGAGCCAACCCGGAACAUCACUUUACAGACAUGCGAAGACACAGUCUGUCGAGAAGAGUUCAUACUUGCUGCCGGCGUCAACUCCAAUGACAACAAUAGUACCAAUCGGGCCAUCAACUCUCUUUGGCCUGUCUUCCCUAUCUCAGUCAACUUGGGUUCUGUAUCCUCUGUGGAUCAGCCCAUCGUUUGGAUCAUUGGCUACGUUCGCGAUCCAAAUAUCAACUAUACACUGUCGGGCAACAGCGCAUCUCUCCGUCCGUACUACACUGCUAACUUCAGCACCACCGAGAGCGCCUUGGAGUUCUUCGUCUCCGACUUCAAUAACUCGUUGGCCGCAGCUACGGCCCUCGACGCCGAUCUCCACAACGCAGCCUCUACAGUUUCGCCGGAUGGCAAGUUAUACGACAUGCUCUCGCUCGCAACACGACAAGUGUUCAGUUCUUUAGAGAUCACGGCACCCUAUAGCUCUGGUCAGGCGGACGAUGCGACUAGAAUCUUCAUGAAAGAUCUAGCCCGCACUCAACGUGUCACCCCCGUGGAGACCCUAUAUGCUGCACUGCCGAUGUUGUUAUACUUCAAUAAUGCGUCACUGGUCAAGCCCCUCUUGCUACCUCUCCUUGAACAGCAAAAUGUAUCGUUAUCUCAGUAUCUGUGUGCAGCGAAGGAUCUCGGCGAAUCGUUCCCAGAAGUGAAUGGCCCAGUUCUGUUAUCGCAAGAGGGAAUAGAACAAACAGGGAAUAUGUUGAUCGCUGCGCUCGCUCACGCUCGUUACUCACAAGAUACAUCAUUACUCCAUGACUACUAUGCCUUGUUCAAGAGCUGGGCCCAAUAUCUGACAACCGAUAACAAUGCAUUGUAUCCUCAUGACCAAACAUCCAUCGAUGAUGGCUCAACCUCUCCGAACUCAACUAAUCUCGCUGUCAAAGGAAUCUUCGCCAUUCAGGCCAUGGCAGAGAUCAGUCAGCUAGUCGGCCAGACCAACGAUUAUCAACAAUUUAGUAGUACUGCGUCCAGUUUCAUGCAAACGUGGCAGUCGCUUGCCCUGUCCUCAGGCAACGAAACCGUGCUGAUCACAUAUGGUGGUCAACCCGCCAGUUGGGUACUGCCGUACAAUCUCUACGUGCAAACCCUCUUGGGAUUCAAUCUUCUGAAUCAAACGUUAUUCGACCAGCUCACAGUAACGUACGGACAGUGGAUCGACUCCUCGUUUGAAGGGUACAAAUACGGACUACCCAUUGAGAGCGCCAGUACAUCGCCUGGCAAUGUAGCUUGGAAUGCGUUCAUCGCAGCUACCGUGACAAACAACACCGUCCGCGAUCAACUGCUAGACUCACUCUGGAACUAUGCAUCGAGUAAUGCGACAUCAACUCCGUUCCUCGUGUGGUACGACGUCGAGACCGGCUCCUGCAUCAACGGAUCGAUGAGCGCACUAGGAGGGCUCUUCGCCCCGUUCCUGCGCAGGUGAGGCCACACUGUACAGCUUUCCCCAGCAUACUGAAUGCAAGAAACAGUGGUACCGUCGCCGUAUCGACCUCUGCGCCCAGUAAGCCCGCGUCAACGAGCGCCUCGAGCGGUGGCAGUGGCUCGCACGUUGAUGUUGGCGCCAUCGCAGGCGGCGUCG